CCCAACAGCAGGGGAUCGCGAUCCUGGAGAAGGAGCUGGCCCAGCUGAAGCUGCCAGACUUCUCGGGUAAAUCGGGGGAGUUGCACUAUUCGCUCUCCAGACUGCACAUUCCCAGUUUCCGCUUGCCACACUCACGGAUCACCCCGAUCUCCAACGUGGGCCUGCAGGUCUCCAUCUCAAAUGCCUCUGUUGAGAUGAAUGGGCACUGCUGGGUGAAGUUUCUCUUCAUACGGGGGCCUGGAUCUUUCAACCUGAAGGUGGAAAAUAUCUACAUCAAAAUCAUCCUGAGGCUGGGCAGUGACACCACUGGGAAGCCCACCAUCAGCACCGCAGACUGCAGUGCCAGCGCCUCCAAAGUUGGCUUGAGCCUGCCACUGGAAUGUUGCUCUGCCAUUGGAAUGGGGCCCUGGUGUGAGGAGUGGUUUUACGACCUGUUCAAAAAGGGUCAUAAGUCCCUGUUGCAGAAGAAUUUAGAGACCAUGGUGUGUGACAAUGUGGCCAAGUCUGUGAAAAACGAGCUCCAGACGUACAUCCAGACACUACCAGUCACAGCCAGGAUAGAUGACAAGAUUGGGAUUGAUUACUCCUUGGUAGCACCCCCAAGAGCUACUGCUCAGUCCCUGGAUGCAGACCUGAAGGGUGAAUUCUACUCCCUGGCCCACCGCUCCACCGUCCCCUUCUCACCGCUGCCACUGGCCUUCCCCUCGGAUCACGAGCGCAUGGUUUACUUUGGAGCCUCCAGCUACUUCUUCAACACAGCUGGCAUUGCCUACCACAAGGCCGGGGCACUGGUCUUUGAAAUCACAGAGGCCAUGAUCCCAAAGGAUGCAGGAUUCAGCUUGGACACCUCUAUCUUCUCAGCCUUCAUUCCCCAGCUGGAGGAGAAGUACCCAAACAUGCCAAUGAAGUUCAGGCUGUCCACUCCCACUGCUCCAUUCCUGACUAUUGGACCAGGAGGAAUCUCAUUCCAGCCCAUUGUGGAUGUCCAGGCUUACGCCAUCCUUCCCAACUCCAAGCUGGCUCCUCUCUUCCUCCUCAGCCUGACAGGGAACGUGUCCGCUGUCAUCAACGUGAGAUCCGGCCGCUUAGUUGGGAGCCUGGAUGUGGGCAGGAUCAGGCUCUCCCUGAAGGAUUCAGCUGUUGGCACUUUCCAGGUACGAAUGAUGCAGUCCUUAAUCAACAUCAUGACUUCCAGUACCCUGCUCCCACGUCUCAAUGCCCGCUUAGAUGAGGGUUUCCCUCUCCCACUUCUGGACAGGAUUCAGCUCUCCAAUAUCCUUGUGAGGUUCCACCAGAAUUUCCUGCUGCUUGGAGCAGACGUUCGCUUCCAGCCACGGGGAUGAAGAUGAGGCAAUGAGAGCCCUUCAGAUGCUCCAUUCACCACUUUGCCAUUCCCUGCCUGAGCCGAAGACCACCAGUCCUGCCACUGCCCUGCACUGCUGCCUUGGCCCGGACCCUCCAUCCCCCUGCUGGGGCCUCACCUGGUGCUCCCAUGAGCUGGGGGUCCCCUGCCCU